AUGUCGCGAGCAACAAAACUGAAACAAUAUGCAGCGCAAUGUCUUGCUGAACUUUUCGGAACAUUUGUUCUAAUGUUAAUUGGUAAUCUAGCUGUGGCACAAUUCAAAUUUACUAAACCCGAUAGUGCGUUGGGUGUCAAUAUAUCCUAUGGAGCUGGAGUUUAUAUGGCUCUAAUGAUAGCUGGACCUAUUUCAGGUGCUCACCUUAAUCCAGCGGUAACUCUCGGACUGCUUUCACUACGUAAAAUGGAAGUAGUUCAAAGUCUGUUCUAUAUUGUUGGUCAAAUUAUGGGUGCUUUUCUUGCUUCGGCAGUGGUUUUUAUUGUUUAUUACAGUCAAAUUAAUAUCUAUGAUGGCGGUAUUCGACAAAUUGAAGGUCCUAACGCAACAGUAGAUAUCUUUUACACAGUACCAGCACCAGGCAUUCCCAAUUGGAAUUGUCUAGUAGAUGCCAUGGUAGGUACUACUCUUUUGCUUAUUUUUAUAAUGGCAGUUGGCAAUGAUUAUAAUAAUUUAAUAUCCAAUGCAGCUAAACCAUUUUCUUUUGCACUAUUGGUAACGGCACUUGGCUUGGCGAUGAGUUUCAAUUGUGGAAAUCCAAUUAAUCCAGCACGUGAUUUUGGUCCGCGCCUAUUUACUGCUUGUGUUUACGGUGGACACGUAUUUCGUGUGAAUAAUUAUUAUUUUUGGACAGCUAUUGUUGGUCCUAUCAUUGGUGCUAUUACUGGUGUUUGGAUUUAUGAAGGUUAUUUAAUUUUAAUGAAAAGAUAUGCUAAUUUAUCUGGUAUUAUUCAUAUUGAUGCUGUAGAACAACUGGAUCAAAGAGAAAAUGAAAAAUCAUAUCAGAUUGACAAACAAGUAUCUUCUGAAACUAUGGUGUCAAUGUAA